AUGGCUGAGCUACUCCAGAGACAUUUUCCUCUGCUGUUGUCUUCGUCAGCCAAUUUGCGCUGUCGCUUCUCCACCCCCUGCUGUGUAUCCCAUUUUCGGCGCCGACGACGGUUCCAGAGUUCUGCAGCGGCCCUUGGUAUACAGAACAGUCCGACAGCUCAUACGCUACCAUCACCGUCACCUUCACCGUCACCUUUGCCCUCGCCAUCGCCGUCACCACUUCCAUGUACUCCUGACUCGAUUCCUGCCUCUCGCGCUUCGAGGUCAUCCGCGUUGGAGCAUGCGAAACCCUUCUCGGACUUCCUGACAGACACCUUCAACAGGCAACAUGACUACCUCCGCAUCAGCGUUACGGAGCGUUGCAACCUGCGAUGUCUCUAUUGCAUGCCAGAGGAGGGAGUUGAGCUUUCCCCAGCUGUCAAGAUCCUCACAACUCCGGAAAUCGUCUAUUUGUCCUCCCUUUUCGUCUCUCAAGGCGUCACUAAAAUACGCCUUACCGGUGGCGAACCGACCGUCCGCAAGGAUAUCGUACCUAUGAUGCAACAGAUAGGGAGCCUACGUCGUGAUGGACUACGCGAAUUGUGUUUGACCACUAAUGGUAUUUCACUGCAUCGAAAACUGGAUAGCAUGGUAGAGGCUGGGUUGACUGGUAUCAACCUAAGUCUGGACACGUUGGACCCGUUUCAGUUUCAACUCAUGACCCGGCGUAAUGGGCUCGAAGCUGUGAUGAAGAGUAUCGCCCGUGUCCUUGAAAUGAAUAAGCAAGGGGCGGAGAUAAAACUAAAGAUUAACUGCGUGGUUAUGCGCGGGAUGAAUGAUAGGGAGAUUCUCCGCUUUGUCGAGCUCGGGCGCGAGAAGCCACUUGAAGUCAGGUUCAUCGAGUACAUGCCGUUCGACGGGAAUAAGUGGAACCAGGCGAAAAUGCUGCCGUACAAGGAAAUGCUUACGAUCAUUCGUGAGAAAUACCCCAACCUAGAGAAAGUCGCUGAUCACAAGAAUGACACGAGCAAGACAUAUCGUGUGCCAGGAUUCGAAGGACGUGUGGGUUUCAUCACAAGCAUGACGCACAACUUCUGCGGAACUUGUAAUCGUUUGCGCAUCACCAGCGAUGGCAACCUCAAAGUAUGUUUGUUCGGGAAUGCAGAGGUGUCGUUGCGGGAUAUGAUUCGAAGGGAAAACGAUGGGCAACCGAUCGAUGAGGAAGCCAUGAAAGCGCUCGGCCUGUUGGAGUCUGCCAGAAGGGCUGGCCAGGUCGAAUAUGGAGGCCUCGUCAAUGAGCGGGAAAGAGAGCUGCUCAAUAUCAUUGGCAUAGCUGUCAAGCGGAAGAAGGCGAAACAUGCUGGCAUGGGAGAGUUGAAGAAUAUGAAGAAUAGACCUAUGAUUUUGAUUGAUGAACAUGGUAUUGCAGUCAGUGAGACUUCAAGACAGUCCCUAGGGACCGCGCGCUUAAAGGGCAAUACCCAGGCGCAUCUCGGUAAUACAUGCCCGAGUCCGCUUUGGUCUGCGAUUCCCACCUAUCUACUCCACAACACCUCCCUCGCACGACUGCAUUUCCGCCUCUUUUCAACGAAAUGCUCCGACAACACAGGCACACCACCACCACCAACCACACAAGUACCAAAAGCCCACUCGUCCGCCAAACCCUGCAUCCCUGAUCUCCCAGUGGCCUCCGACCCGUCCCUGCCGCACCUCACCCCUUCCCAAACCGUCCACAUGACCUCCAUCUCACAUAAAGCUGAGACCACCCGCGUUGCCACUGCCAUGUGCCGCGUCACCUUCUCCAAUCCAAAGCCGUACUCCCUCCUCACGACGGCGGACGGCUAUACGAAGAAAGGCGACGUGCUUUCCGUCGCACGCAUUGCAGGGAUCAUGGCCGCGAAGCGGGCGGCAGAUAUUAUCCCGCUGGCUCAUCCAGGGCUGGGGAUUACGGGUGUGGAGGUUGACAUUCAGGCAUGCGCGCCGGAGGAUGCCUCUGGUCAUCCAAUGUCUGACGGGGAGGUUUUGUCCAUGAACAGCAGCAGCAGCAUCGUGAUUACCGCAACGGUAUCUUGUCAUGGACGGACGGGCGUAGAGAUGGAGGCGAUGACUGCGGUGAUGGGGGCAGCGUUGACAGUGUAUGAUAUGUGCAAGGCGGUGGAUAAGGGGAUGGUGGUGGGCGAGGCGAGAGUGGUGAGGAAGACUGGUGGCAAGAGUGGGGGGUGGGAGUGGGGGGUCAAAGUUGAGAAUGGGAGCGGGGAGGGGUAA